AUGCCUCAACUCCGACUCCUGGCACUGCUGGGCUGCCUGGUGGCGACCGCGUGGGCCGGCUCGGACCCCCGCGCGGGCAUCGUGGGCGGCAGGAAGGCUGGGCGGGGAGCCUUUCCCUUCCUGGCCUCGAUUCAGCACCGGGGCCGCCACUUCUGCGGGGGCGCCCUGAUCCACCGCCGCUUCGUGCUGACGGCCGCCAGCUGCUUCCAAGUCAGGAACCCCGGCAUUGCCACGGUGGUGCUGGGGGCCUAUGACCUGAAGCGGCGGGAGAGUUCCAGACAGACCUUCCCCGUCAGGAACAUCAGCCGAAAUGGCUACGACCCGCAGCAGAACCUGAACGACGUGCUGCUCCUGCAGCUGGAUGGUGAGGCCAACCUGACCAACAGCGUGGCGCUGGUGGUGCUGCCCGCACAGAACGCCAUGGUGGAAGCCGGCACCAGCUGCCAGGUGGCGGGCUGGGGGGUCUCAGGGCGCAGGAGGCGCCUCUCCCGCUUUCCGAGGGUCAUCAAUGUCACCGUGACCCCUGAGGACCAGUGUCGCCCCAACAAUGUGUGCACACGUGUGCCCUCCCGCCGGGGUGGCAUCUGCCAGGGUGACGGGGGCAGCCCCCUUGUCUGUAAUGGCCUGGCGCACGGUGUAGCCUCCUUCUCCCGGGGCCCCUGCGGCAAAGGCACCGACUUCUUUGCCCGCGUGGCACUCUUCCGAGACUGGAUCGACUCCGUCGUGAACAACCCGUCGGCUGAGCCCGUGUGGGGCCUGUGA